AUGAUUAUCUUUAAAUCUUAUACUUUAACAUUUCCCAUCGAUUGUGACGACUCCAAUGAUGGAAUAGGUCAUGUCAUUUAUCAAUACAAAGACAAUAUUGAACAAGAAGAUAACAAACAAAUUGUUAUUUAUGGAUCCAAGAAAUUAUCAGAUGAGAGAAAGCAUACGGCUGAGGAAUGCGACGAUAGUAAUAUGGUGGCUGAUGAACAGCUUUCAUCAAAGAAAGUUAUAAAAAUGUCAGAUUUAUUAUUAUUUAAAGAGUUUUCAAAGCUAAAUACAAUGGAUGAAGAUGUCAUCGAUGAGACAUGUAUGAAUAUUAGAAGUUUAUUUGAGACUGCAAAGAGAAAAGGUGAAAAGACACUAUUGUUAAACGAUCAACUAUUACCUUUUAUAAAGUUGGGUAUUCAACAUCCUAGUGAUCAAGUACAACUUACAACCAUUAGACAGAUACAAGAUACACUAAACACUGAAAGAUUACCAACAUUAAAAUGGCUAGCAGUCAAUGAGUUACUCAUUUCUCUGAUACCGCUAUUGAAAUCUACCACCUCUGUUGCAUCUUCAAUAAUCGCUCUAUUCAAAGAGAUAACCAAUAACAAUCAAAAACAACAACAACAAGACAAUCAAGAAGAAAUACUCAAUCAGUUACUAUCAAAUAAAUUGGUUACCACCAUCAACCAAUUCUUUGAACAAAGUAAAAGCAAUCGAGAUGAAGAACAGUCUGCGCUGCUUAGAGUAUUGGAUAUUGUAGUGUUACUUGUCAACUAUCAUCCUUUGACAAUGACCGUUCAACUUGGUGAACCGCUCAAGUAUUUAGUGGUGGCGGCAGUCAGUGACCCCGACACACUGGUUCGACUUGGCUAUGUCGAGUUGGUUAGCAGACUUGGCGAUAACAUCGAUGUUCUCAAAUGGAUCAUUGAACAAACCGAAUUUAUAGACAGUCUCGCACGACUAUUGUGGAAACAACUCGAAGAUUAUCAUACCCUUGGUAUACACUAUGUACCCUCAGAAGCAAAUGUUUCCGUUGCAACUCAAGAAAUCAAAAAACAUAUCAAAUUCUGCUUCUCUCAAAGAGGGAAAAUGAAAAAACAAUAA